GUUUCUUGGCAUUGCAAUGGAGUCACCAGAACCGGCUGAAAUCCGCGCUAUUCGUGAGAACUAUAAAAAAGCCCUGCAGUGCCUGAACUCGGGGCUUCAGUAUGAUGAGGUGGGAAAUAAGGGCCAAGCUCUACUUCUGUACAAACUGGGCAGGCGGCAUCUUCUCAGAGGGCUCGGGGUGAACACGCAUGGUGAGCGCUGCGUAGGACGCCACUGGGUCUCCGCGCGUCAGAUGCAGCAGAGGAUGAGCGAGACUCUGAGCACCAUCACUGAUCGUCUCGGGGUGCUUGAGUCCACAGCGAGCUCGGAUCAGCGCCUUUAUCCGACCCUUCCUGUCGUUACCACCAGAGCACCUGUCUCCGCUUCAGGGGGGGCCUCAGCUCAUCCUGCCUCCCCCACGGCGGGCUCCACUGCACCUGCUGAACUUCCACCAGCGUACUCUCCACAACCGACAGAAGGGCAUCUGUCACUCUCUCAUGGAGGCAACGUGCCAUUUCAAGCUGCUCCGAACCAGACAGCCCAACGCCAGUCGUUUGCCCCAGUCAAUCUUAGAGAGGCUGGCAUGGAGAUUUUGUUCUUGCCCAGUGGGGCGCAGAUGUUCUUCGUUUCUGCCGAGGGUCAUGUCAGUGCCCCUUCUUAUCCAGGGUACUUACGAAUAAUCAUAUACAACAGCCAGAACGGCAAUGCCAGCUAUGCCCCAGCAUACCUACAGGUUUGUGAUUGGAUCUACCCGCUGUACCCAGACUCACCAGUCUUUCUUAGUAACAAAGGUGUGUUCACAUUUCCCGAUACCACCGCAGCAGUGCCGGGGUCCUAUGUUGGGGUGGUGCUGUCCUCCGAGCUGCCUGCAGCAGACAGGCAUCUGUUCCAGGAACAGCUGUCAGCACUGGCACAGCUCAGGGUCCAGGGAGACGAAGGACAAGGUGGCGCUACAGGAAAAGACAUUAACCUGAGUGGGAAGGUUCCUCCUUCAGAAAUGGCUGUAAUCCAAACACCAGGACCUGAGGAUAAAACUGUUCCUGUUUGGAGUGAAAAAAUGUCUCGGGGGAUUUUAGCAGGGACCUCCUGGCUGGGUCGGGGGCUUGAGCGAGGAGCUGAAGCUACUGGUAAAGCCAUCCAGAAAGGAGGAACUAAGCUACGGGAAAACAUCACUCCAGAGGAGACUCCAGCAGAGGUCAGCCCCAAGGUCACCAAAGGCCUAAAUGCAGCCAAGCAGGCCACAGGGGGUGCUGUGAAAGUCAGCCAAUUUCUAGUGGAUGGUGUUGCUGCUGUAGCUGGUAGAGUUGGGAAAGAAGUUGCUCCACACGUGAAAAAACAUGGUAGUAAAAUCAUCCCAGGAUCCCUCAAGAAACGUAAAGAAGGCUGCUCCAACAUGGAUGGAGCCAAGCUAGUGGCAGGAAGCAGCAUACAAGGUUUGUCAACUCUCUGGACAAGCCUGGAAACAGCAGCAAAGACUAUUGGCAAAAGCAUAACUUCAGAGACUGUGACUACUGUGAAGCACAAGUAUGGAGACGAGGCAGGACAAGCUGCAGACACUGCAGUCCAGUCUGCUGUCAAUGUAGGUGUCACAGCAUUUAAUUUGGACAACUUUGUAAUCAAGGGUGUACUGAAGAGCACAGGCAAAAACACUGCAAAAGCACUGGAGAAAGACAGCUCAGGAGGAGAAGGAACCGUGAAGAAAGAAAAGCCACCUAAGGAUGAGAGGAAAUGAUAAAUGAUUAGCUGUCAGUUAACUUAUGUACAUUCUUGUAGCAAAAAAACUAUCGUUUUGUAUUGAUAAUGAGAUUGAUAUUAUACU